AUUGAAUACACGGUUUGUGUUGAAGUGAACACAACCUCUGGUGUAGUGAAAGGUCUGACUCUUAAUGUGUUGAACACAAGUGUUGACCAGUUUUUGGCCAUACCUUAUGCCGAACCCCCUGUAGGGAUACUCAGGUUUGCCAAACCGGUGCCACUCAGACAUACAAUUAAGCCAUACAUCGAUGGCAGAGCACCGGGCAAUUCAUGUGUACAGAAUUUUAUUAAAUGGCUUGAAUUUGAUCGCAUGGGUAAUAUCACUACAAGCGAGGACUGUCUGGUGCUUAACGUAUGGACCCCUACUGUCGGCACCGGUGACCGACUAAAAGCA